GAGACACUAGACCGGAUACAACGUCACGAGUUUUCGACGCAUGCUUAAUGGCAGCCUGCUCGCCUGCCACGCUUACUUACUGAACAACUUUUCUCCACGUUAUUUUCUGACAUAAACACAAAUUCAGGUUUAACCAUGUCCGGGCGACAGAGCAACAAACUACCGAACAACCUCCCACAGCUUCAGAAUCUCAUAAAGAGAGACCCACAGUCAUACGUGGAUGAGGUGAGUGUUUUUAGCCUGAACUGCUAGCUGUUUAGCAAGUCUAAAGAUUCACCUCUCUCUGCCAAGAAUGGACACAUUUACAUGAAAUUCCUAAUGAGUGUCCUUGUAAUAGUUUCUCCAGCAGUUCAGACAUUACCAGUCCAAUGUGCAGAUCUUCAAACUGCAGCCGGACAAACCAAACAAGGAGCUGUCUGACCUCGUCAUGUUUCUUGCUCAGGUACAUUUUUAUUACAGAUUAUUUUCAAUAUUUGGCCUGCACCUGGGUCACCUCGUUUGUAUAUGCAUAUAUUAGUGUAUCCAUAUUUUCUUUAACUUGACUGUAAGAUGACAUCCUUCCUUUUGUAAGCUGUGUACUUAAUGUAUUUUGUCUUCUAGGUCGGUCACUGCUACCUGCAGCACUUGUCCACCUUUCCUCAAGAGCUGUCUGAGUUAUUACUGAGUCACCACACAGUCCUGGAGCCAGACCUCAGGAUGGUGAGAAAGUUGUUUUCUAAUCAGACCAAGAGCUUUUCUUUUGACCACAUUUAACAGUUUUUUGUGCACUUUGACUUAGGGCUGGGCGAUAAAACAAUAACAAUAUAUCGAAAACUAACUUCCCUUGAUAUCAGUAUAAUACAUGGUUAAUAUGCCUUUCAAUUACUGGCAUUCUGCCACGUUUUGGUAGACUAGAUGAAUAGUCUAAUAAACUUUUUCCCAUAUCGCCCAGCCCUACUUGGACUACACAUAUUUGUUAAUGUGUAUGAAAGUAACACAUCUCUUCUUUCCUGUCCUUGUCAGACUUUUUGCAAAGCGCUGAUUCUUCUGAGGAACAAAGACCUGAUCGACCCCUCUGGCCUCCUGGAGCUCUUCUUUGAGCUGCUGCGAUGUCACGACAAACUUCUUAGAAAGGUCAGAUUUUCUGAAUUGUAAACAUGGUGAAGACUGACUGAAAAAAUGGGACUAUGUAGAGAGUUGGGAAAGUUGUGGGAAAGAUGUGAGAGAGACAGAAGAGAAGAGCUGGGGAUUGAUUGCCUGAUCUAAAAUACUCAUUUGAGACUGGACAGGUACUCUCAAUUGGGGUUAAACUUUGGCCAUCAGCUGCAAGUGGGGGGGCUGUCACAUUUACCAUAAAAAACAAGAAUAUUAUUUGAUAUUGUGAAGGUUUUAAAAGUAUUUUUAAUGAUUUAUUAUGUACUGAAUCUGCAGUUUAAACUACCUUAGGUUUGAAGGGCAGGGAGGUGGUUCGUCCGUAAAAGUCUUAAGAUGGACUUCCUUUUGUGCUGACUCUUUUACAAGGUCUUCUAUUUUUUGUGUGUUUCUUCUUAUGUAAACAUUUGCUUCUCUCCCCCACUCUCUGCAGACACUCUACACACAUAUUGUCACAGAUAUUAAAAACAUAAAUUCCAAGCACAAAAACAACAAAAUUAACACAGUAAGUACACAUGAUUCAGUCUCGUUUGACUGUAAAUGAUACUUAGCAGCUUAAAACAGUCAAGUCGCUGACUGUGUUUUGUUACUGUCUAUUUCAGACAUUACAGAACUUCAUGUACACAAUGCUGAGAGACAGUAACCCCAUAGCAGCUAAGAUCUCUUUAGACGUCAUGGUGGAGCUCUACAAAAGGAACAUAUGGUGGGUUUUAUUUUUGACUUUCUAAACUUUAUCAAACAAGAACUUAUGUGGCAAAUUGGUUUUUUUUAUAUUUUUUUACUGCUUUUACCUGAUAAUAAUAUUUUGUUUUUGUCAAAGGAACGACGCUAAAACAGUGAACGUCAUCACAACAGCCUGCUUUUCCAAGGUGACAAAGGUAAGGUUUUGCACUCUGAAAGUAACGCUUUUUUCUUGUAUUUCAUCGAAACGAUAAAGUUUAUCCUAACCUGCCUCUUCUGUGUAGAUCCUUGUUGCUGGUCUUAAAUUCUUUCUGGGCAGAGAUGAGGAUGAAAAGAAUGACAGUGACUCUGAAUCAGAAGUAAGUAUGCAAAAAUUAGAAGUAGCUGAAGAAAGGGUUUUCAGCCCGGAAAGAGGCGUUAUUUUCUGCGUGAUUGUUUCACAAAAUGAAAAAAUUGCGCCUCUGAUCUUUCAGGACGAUGGACCAUCAGCUCGAGACCUGAUGGUGAGAUUCUCCACCGGAAAGAAAACCACCAAAAACAAAAAGAAGCUGGAAAAAGCCAUGAAAGUCCUCAAGGUACCACUGGAAAAAAAUAGAAUAAUAUAAGUGUCAUGACUCACACAUUAGAUAAAUUAAGCUAACUCCUUAAUUUUUUAUUGUUGCGCAGAAACAUAAGAAAAAGCAGAAGGUAGAAGUGUUCAACUUUUCUGCCAUUCACUUAAUUCAUGAUCCUCAAGGUAGGUUUGCCUAUCAUCUUAAACACCACAAACAAAGCAUCUAUAUCCAAUAACUUAGAAGCAUGGCUGAUCAUAUCAUCUUAUUUCAUGAAGAUUUCGCUGAGAAGCUCUUGAAGCAGUUGGAGGACUCUAAAGAGCGCUUCGAGGUGAAGAUCACGAUGAUGGAGCUCAUCUCCAGACUGGUUGGAAUCCAUGAGGUAAGUGACGGGGCUCCGGUCACCCAGUCUGCACAUGUCUGUCCUACAUGGUGAUUCACAGCUAGCUCUCAUUGAUACUGGUGGUUUUUAAAAGUAUUGUAUUCAGAGCCGGUCAAACACAAACGCUGCAGGUUAAAGACAUUAUGUGGGGGGAGUCUCCUCUAUGUAAUCAUAAAUCAACAAGGUGUAAAGUUGUCUUACUGCAUGUUAGUACUUGAACACAAACAACAUCAGGCAAACAAGUCCUGAAAGCAAUUUCAAAAUACUGAAACUUUCUUUUGAAAAGUAGAAUAUUGAACAUAAUGUAGACUCUAAGUAAGAAAAAAUCCACUAAACUACAAAAACUAAAACUUUACGGUCUGUUAGAGUGUAACUUGAAUCAGUAAAUUUUGAUUUCACAGCAUAUAAAUAUUUAGUGAGGGUAAACAUUUCGCCGAGGGCUUUAUAAAUAAUUCUACUAGAUAGAUAUUGAGAACAGGGUAGUGCAAAUCCAUUAAAGCAUUUAAACAGAUUAGACUUCACUCACCAUGCCUUGAACUCUGUUAGUAUUAUCUUAGCAAACAUAUAAAUAAAAAGUGAGUAAACUUAUCUCUCUGUCUCUCUUUCAGCUCUUCCUCUUUAAUUUUUACCCCUUUAUCCAGAGGUUUCUUCAGCCACAUCAAAGAGGUAAAAAACAAAAAACAAAAUCAAGAACAAAAUUAAUUUUUUCCCCGUUUUGACAAGAUCUGUUAAACUAACUGUGAUUAUUAAUUUUUUUUUUUUUAGAGGUGACAAAGAUCCUCCUUUGUGCCGCCCAGGCUUCCCAUCAACUCGUUCCACCAGAGGUACACUUCAUUCUUCAGUCAUUCUGUUAGUUACACACCUGCAUUUACUGAAGGGAUUCCAGUGUAACAAGUUGCUUAUAAUUUCGCAGAUCAUCGAACCUGUAAUCAUGACCAUGGCCAACAACUUUGUGACGGACCGAAACUCAGGGGAGGUCAUGACAGUGGGGUGAGCAGCAGCUUUGGGUAUUUUCAGAUCUUAGUUAUCAUCAUUAGAAAAAACACAGAGAGGAAACAUAUGUCAUAUGGGAGGCACUGAUUUAUUGGCCUGGUAUCUGUUAUAUCCAAUCUCACCUGUUGAUGUGGAUGAUGAUGUGGUGGCCUGUGUAUAAAUUUUCAUCAGUUAAAUGAUAUCCUUAUAUUUAAGCCUGUUACGUUGCUUAAAGAAACAGAAGAAAAAAACUUUGUAAGAAAACAAAUGCAUGCAUCACAAUGGAAUAAAAGAGUUGACAUCAAUUAAUUUGAUUUUUCUAAUUGGUUGAACUGCUAUUUCUAACUCUGGAAAUAGCUCUGAUUGUUCAAAGAGUGCGUCUCCGAUUUUAAAUUCAAAAUUCAAAACGUCCAGAGUUUUUAUAACAACUAAGUCAAGAAACUAUAUCCCUUUUUGUUUUUCAGUAUCAAUGCGAUCAAAGAAGUGGCAGCCCGCUGUCCCCUCUCUAUCAAUGAAGACCUGCUGCAGGACCUCGCCCAGUACAAGAACCACAAAGACAAGAGUGAGUCACUGAUUUUUAAAUGUAGCACUUUAAAGGGAAGUGUGUGCAUAUCAAUGCAUUCUUGUUAACACAAAUAUAAACAUUCCGCUAUUAGAUGUGAUGAUGUCGGCCAGAGGACUGAUCCAGCUGUUCAGGAGUCUGAAUCCACAGAUGCUGCACAAGAAGGACAGGGUGAGACCUGAGUGACUCUGACCAAAAACAAAGCGUUUUGAAUAUUUGUUCAUGUCUGCAUUACCCCUUAGACAUUUCUUUGUUGAUACAACUGGAAGUUAUUCUGAAUUUAUUGCUGUUAUAUGCAAUAUACUAACACAAAAUAGUCCAGAACUUUAAAGUGAGAUAUGAAGGAAAAUGGAAAACACUUUUGCUUAAAAAAUUGUUCAUAUUCUCCCUGGGUGAAAGAUUGAUCUGUAGGGGUUAGCGAUUAGGUUUUGAUGUAGAGAUAGGUGCACAAAUAAUAACAGAAAUGUGAAAACCUAAGUUACAAUACAAAGAAAAGAACUGAAUUCUAGGUGAAUAACAAUAUAAGGCGAUGUUAACAUUGUCCUUGUUUUCAAGGGGAGACCCACAGAGGCAUCAGCUGAAGCCAAGAUCAAAGACUAUGGAGAGUUAGAGGCUAAAGACUACAUCCCUGGAGCUGAAGUCCUGGCGAUUGAGGAGGAGGACGGGGAGAAAGAGGGAGAGAAGGAUGACGGUAAAAUUGAAUCAGUGUGAUGAAAAAAGGAUCCCGCAGCACUUCAAUAGAGAUGAAAAAGGAUCAUUGCCAAGGUGACACUCAUAUCCCUCAUAUGAUAUGACAGGUGGCUGGGAGAGUGCCAGCAUCAGUGACGACGAUGAGGACGGCGAGUGGGUGGACGUUCACCACUCAUCCGAUGAAGACACAACAGGAGUGGUGAGCUUAUAACUGCUUAACUCGCUGUAAACUGCUUAUAGUGAAUAAUUUAUGUCUUUAAUGAAGGAGUUUCCUGUGUUUGUGUCAGACUGAGAAGCUUCAGAGCAUGCCCAUGGAGGAGAGAAAAGCCAUGGCGGCAGAAAUCAGCGCCAGCAGACUCCUCACUCAAGAUGACUUCAAGAAGAUCCGCAUGGUUCAGCUGGCCAAGGAGGUCAACGCAGUACCAGGGAAGGGCCAGAAGAGGAAGAUUGUGGACAGUGACGACGAGGGGGACAGGUCAGGGCAGCGUUUUUCAACCUAGCCUCUGAGGCGGUUUUAUUUUAACGCGUUGCACUAAGAUUUGUUUCAUCACUUUGCAUCUCACAGGGGGGAGGUGCUGACGCUGAGAAACAUUGAGAAGCUGCAUAAGAAACCAAAAGCAGACAAGGAAACACGGCUUGCAACAGCAAUGGUAAAAGCUUUUAGCCAGUUUGUGGAAACUUUAUAUACUAUGAUGAUAUGCUUUAAUGUGUAUUAGUGCUAUGUUUUUCUUUUGGAACGGAUUUGCUCUGAUGAUGUGAUUUCCAGGCUGGACGAACUGACCGUAAAGACUUCAUCAAGAAGCACAACAAGUUAAACCCACAUGCUAGCACCAGCAACAGGGAGAAGAGAAAAACAAAGAACUUCAUGAUGAUGAGACACAGUAAAAAUGUCAGAACGAAAGGCAAACGCUCCUUCAGAGAGAAACAGGUGACAUUAACAUAAUAAAAUACUAUAUUUAACUGUGGUUCAUACCUGCCAACACUCCCGUUUUUCCCAGGACUCUCGUAUCUCAGACCUGUCUUCCGCCCACCUCCCGUAUUGUCAUUUCUCCUGGGAAUCUCCUGUAGUUUGAUGGUCCACGUUCAUUCUUAAAUCGGAUCACUAAAUUUGUCCAAAGUUUCCAGACAACCAAAGUUUGUCCUGUGUUUCUGCUGAGCCUCACAGACACUGGAUUGAUACUUUGACUUUACAAGUUAGGAUGAUUCAGGUCGGUUUAAGCUGUAAACUAUUUUUAAGCAGUGUUUGUUGCAAAAUUAAAACUUCAAUGAAUGGGAAACAAAUGUGAGAUAUAAUAUGUAUGUUGAUGGUCUUGCACUGUCUUGGAGUGAUGCGUUCAGGGCAGCCUCAGAUAAAAUAGUGCUCUAUUGCGCAGAUGUUCAGAGAGCCUCAUACGGGAGAGCAUGUAAAACAUAUGAGGACUUUAACACUAAUAUUAGUGGACUAAAUAAGUUCAAGGCAUAUUGUAGCGAUUAUUUUCUUAUUACCAUUUGUUAUUGUUAAAACAAAAAAGUGUGCAGCUUCACUUUUACUCAUUUGGAUGAGCAAUCUAAUUACAAAUACUCUCAUAAUUAGCUCAUACCCACUAUACAAGGUAACCCCAAAACUGCCGGGCUCGCGACGCAAAAAUCUCCCUGAUUUUAUAACCCAAAUGUUGGCAGGUAUGCUCAUUGUCAUACAAUUUCAAGACUUAACAUUUGAAAUUGAAAUAUCUUUUGUUUUCUAUCCAGAUUGCUCUCCGGGACACUCUCCUGAAAAAGAAAAAGCACUAUAAGUAGGACCCAUGGACCUGAUCAUCAAUAGUGCCUAUUAAUAUUGUACAUCCCUCAAAUAUUCUGUAAAACUUUGUCAGUUUGUCAUUGAAUGAUAUUCAAAGGAUAGAUUGCAUUUCUCUGUCCUGAAAUAAACAAUCUUUGAUAACUCA